UUGCUUUCAUGAUGUUACGUGAGUUUUGUCCCACAACCCCACAUUUUCCCUUCAAUUAUUGCUAUUGAAAAUUCCAGAAAAACAAAUCAACGCUACCGGCCACCGCACCAUCUGUUCCUUUACCUGCUGGAAUAAAAAUUGAAAAGCCACCGAUUUUAGUCUUUUACUAUCGUGUUCUUUUUCUUUUGUGUUUUUUCUCCUUAUCAAUGGAGAACUCACCUACCGUUAUCAGGCCACCACCACCACCACCUCAACCACCGCCGUCCUUCGUUGCAUCACCACCAGUUUCCCAGCUUGAUAACACCACUAACAGUACUAGUAUCAGGUCACCUCCGCCGUUACCUUUCUCUUCAACACCCCAGAUAUACCCUAUAGAUCAAAACGGAACCGUAUCUAUAGUGUCAAGCAAUCCACCUCCACCUUUCCCCGAUUCACCAAGAAGCGUCGAUUUAUCCCCACUUGAAUUCAUACUUGCACUAAUGGCUGUCAUAACGAUCCCCGCUAUAAUCUAUGCUUUCUUUUUUGCUGUCAAGUGCCCUCCUUGGACUUCCAGGGAACGUCCCGACAGCCCCAGGGAGCUUCCCAGGGACAGCCGUGGAAGUGGCGUUGAAGUAAUUGAGAGGAGGAGGGAGCCUGUUUCAGCUGUUAAGUACCAAAAAGAGACUCAUUCUAAAGAUAUUGGGAAUGAGUGUCCUGUUUGUUUAUCAGUUUUUGCUGAUGGGGAAGAAGUAAGGCAGUUGAGUGGAUGCAAGCACUCGUUUCAUGCUACUUGCAUUGAUAUGUGGCUGAACAAUCAUAACAAUUGUCCGGUUUGCCGGGCUUCUGUUACUGUAAAGAGGCCUAAUAACCAUGGUACGGCGUCGGGUUCAGCUAGAUCUAGAGAGAGUGAUCUCCAACAAGGUUUGCCAGAUGCAACCAGUUUGGUUUGACAUUUCUAGCUUGAUUUUUUGAUUUUUGUUUCCCUUUCUUGCUUAAUUUUUGUUUUUACAUUUUGGCCUUCUGAGGCUAUAUGGAAAGUGAGAAUGGAAAAUGGAAGAUUUGGUAUUCCAUACUUCACCAAGAAUUGGUAAUCUAGAAUCCAGGCAGCAUAGAGACAAUUGCUUGAACUCUUCAGACAGAAAAUCGGACUGGUCAUUUACCCUGAAGUAAAUUCCUGAUUCACAGGUGCAAAAUUGAGUUACUUUUGCUUUUGUUUUCUGUGAUUCUGCUUUGGGAAGAAAUGAAUGGAAGUCAUAAAUGGAAGUAUCUGAUCCUCUCUUUUUUCCCUGCAUUCCUUAUCUUUUCCUUUUAGGGCUUUUUUUUGUUCAUGAUUCUGAAUAGCUUCAGCAAUUGUCUUGUCUCAACUACUUCAUCAGUCUUGUAAUUCUUUUUCUUUCAUUUACCAAAAGCAAAAACACAGUCGGAUCCGACACGCGUGAUCCUCGUUUGGUGUUUUGGGCCUCGA